UCUCAGUCCCUCCCGCCUGCCCUCUGUACUGCCCCCAGGAUGGGCAGCAGGAGCUGGAGCUGGGCUCUGGUCUGGGCCUUUGUGGCAUUGCUCAUGGUGUGGCCAGCAGAGAGCCAGGGCCAGGCAGAGCUGAGCUCAGAACACCCAGAACUCACCGGAGACAGUCAGAAAGUGUAUAGUGCCCCCACAACCUCAUCCACGCAGCAUGUCACCUUCAUCCCACCUAUCACUGUCUUCCCUAGCAUGAGUGCCUUACACCUGGCACACAAUGGGAGAGUGUGCAGCACGUGGGGUGACUUCCAUUAUAAGACCUUCGACGGUGAUGUGUUCCGCUUCCCUGGCCUCUGUAACUAUGUCUUCUCUUCACACUGCGGGGCCACCUACGAGGACUUCAACAUCCAACUGCGUCGUGGUCUCGAGGGUUCCAGGCCCAUGGUCACCUAUGUGUUCCUCAGGGCCCAGGGGCUGGUGAUUGAACUGUCCAAUGGCUCUGUCCUGGUGAAUGGACAUCGGGAGGAGCUGCCCUACAGCCGUGCAGGUCUUCUGAUGGAGAGGAGCAGUGGCUAUGUGAAGAUUAGCAUCCGGCUAGUCCUCACCUUCCUGUGGAACGAAGAAGACAGUGUCCUGCUGGAGCUGGACUCCAAAUAUGCCAACCAGACGUGUGGGCUGUGCGGUGACUUCAACGGGCUCCCAGCUGUCAAUGAGUUCUACACCCACAACACUAGGCUGACCCCUGUCCAGUUUGGAAACCUGCAGAAGUUGGAUGGUCCCACAGAGCAGUGCCAGGAUGUCCAACCCUCAGCUGUCAACAACUGCACAGAUAAGGAGGACAUCUGCCGUCACAUCCUGCUUGGCCCUGCCUUUGCUGAGUGCAUUGCCCUGGUAGAUGUCAACAUGUACUUGGAUGCCUGUGUCCAGGACCUGUGCCGCUGCCCCACCUGCCCAUGUGCCACUUUUGCUGAAUAUUCCCGCCAGUGUGCCCAUGCAGGGGGCCACCCACAGAACUGGAGGAGUCCUGAUCUCUGCAACUGGACAUGCCCUUUCAACAUGGAAUACCAAGAAUGCAGCUCACCCUGUGUGGACACCUGCUCCAACCCUCAGCGCUCUCAACUCUGCGAGGACCACUGCAUGGAUGGCUGCUUCUGUCCCCCAGGAACUGUGCUGGAUGAUGUCAGACAUUUGGGCUGCCUGCCCCUGGAGCAGUGCCACUGUACCCAUGGUGGCCACAUUUAUGCCCCUGGAGAGUCCUUCAACACCAGCUGUAGGUCCUGCACCUGCUUUGGGGGACUGUGGCAGUGCCAAGACCUACCAUGCCCUGGCACCUGCUCUGUGCAAGGCGGGUCCCACAUCUUCACCUUUGAUGAGAAACUCUACAAUGUGCAUGGAGACUGCAGUUACAUCCUGACCAAGAAAUGUGCAGAUAGUAGCUUCACUGUGCUGGUCGAUCUUCGGAAGUGUGGGAUGACGGACACUGAGAACUGCCUCAAAGCAGUGACACUAAGCCUCAAUAGUGGGGGCACGGUCAUCCGGAUCCAGUCCAACAGUGGUGUGUUUCUGAACUCCAUGAUUGCUCAGCUGCCACUGUUUGCAGGCAACGUCACCAUCUUCAGGCCAUCAUCCUUCUUCAUUAUAGUACAGGCGGGCAUGGGGCUGCAGCUUCAAGUGCAGCUGGUGCCCCUCAUGCAGGUGUUUGUCAGGUUGGACCGCUCCUACCAAGGCCAGAUGUGUGGCCUGUGUGGAAACUUCAACCAGAACCAAGCUGAUGACUUCACAGCCCUCAGUGGGGUGGUGGAGGGCACAGGAGCAGCCUUCUCCAAUACCUGGAAGACUCAAGCCUCCUGCCCCAACUCCAAGAACACCUAUGAAGACCCCUGCUCAUACAGUGUGGAGAACGAGAACUUCGCCCGGGAGUGGUGCUCGAUGCUCACUGAAAGCUCAGGAGUUUUCUCGGCCUGCCAUGCCACUGUUAGCCCUGUGUCCUUCUACUCGAACUGCUUGUUUGACACGUGCAACUGUGAAAACAGUGAGGACUGCAUGUGUGCAGCCCUGUCCUCCUACGUAUUUGCCUGUGCUGCCAAAGGCGUGCUGCUCAGUGGUUGGAGGGACAAAGUCUGCCACAAGUACACCAACAACUGUCCCCAAACCAAGAACUACUUCUAUUCAGUGAGUACUUGCCAGCCUACCUGCCGCUCGCUGAGUGAGGUCGACCUCACCUGCAGCAUCCCCUUUGUGCCUGUGGAUGGCUGCGCUUGCCCUGGAGGCACCUUCCUGAAUGACAAGGACCACUGUGUACCAGUGGAGGAGUGCCCCUGCUACUUCCGUGGAGUUGUAGUGGCUCCCAGAGAGGUUGUUAUGGACAAUGGUGUAGUGUGCUCGUGCACGAAUGGAAAGUUGACCUGCCUGGGAGCCCUGAUGCAGAAGAGCACAGAGUGCCAGGCACCUAUGGUAUACCUGGAUUGUAACAAUGCCUCAGUGGGUGAGCACGGGGCCGAAUGCCUCAGAAGCUGCCACACACUGGAUGUGGAUUGUUUCAGCACACAGUGUGUCUCGGGCUGCGUGUGUCCCUCGGGGCUGGUAGCAGAUGGGAACGGGGGCUGUGUUGCUGAGGAGGACUGCCCCUGCGUACACAAUGAGGCCACAUAUAGACCUGGGGAGAUCAUCCGGGUAGACUGCAAUAAUUGCACCUGCAGGAAUCGCCGGUGGGAAUGCACCAAUCAGCCCUGCAUGGGUGCCUGUGUGGCCUAUGGGGAUGGCCACUUUGUUACCUUUGAUGGUGAACGCUACAUCUUUGAAGGCAGCUGCGAGUAUACUUUGGCUCAGGACUACUGCAGAGGCAACACCAGUACUGAUGGGACAUUCCGUAUUGUCACUGAGAAUGUCCCUUGUGGGACUACAGGAACCACCUGCUCCAAGGCCAUUAAGAUCUUCGUGGAGAGCUACGAGCUGAUCCUUCAUGAGGGAAACUUCAAGGUGGUAGAGCGAGCGCCAAGUGGGGACCCUCCAUACAAGAUCAGAUACAUGGGCAUCUUCCUGGUCAUUGAGAUCCGCAGUGGGAUAGUCGUGUCCUGGGACAGGAAGACCAGUGUGUUUGUCCGGCUGCAGCAACAUUACAAAGGCAGGGUCUGUGGCCUGUGUGGGAACUUUGAUGACAACGCCAUCAAUGACUUCACCACACGCAGCCAGUCUGUGGUGGGCGACGUGCUGGAAUUUGGAAAUAGCUGGAAGUUCUCCCCAUCUUGCCCGGAUGCCCCAGUUCCCAAAGACCCCUGCAUUGCAAACCCUUACCGCAAGUCCUGGGCCCAGAAAAAGUGCAGCAUCAUCAACAGCGCAACCUUCGCUGCCUGCCACUCUCAGGUUGACUCUACAAAAUACUACGAAGCCUGUGUGCAUGAUGUGUGCGCCUGUGACUCAGGAGGUGACUGCGAGUGUUUCUGCACUGCUGUGGCAGCCUAUGCCCAGGCCUGCCGUGAUGUGGGUGUGUGCUUGUCCUGGAGGACACCAGAUAUCUGCCCUCUUUUCUGUGACUACUACAACCCUCAUGGGGAAUGUGAGUGGCAUUAUCAGCCUUGUGGAGCCCCCUGUCUGAAGACCUGUCGAAACCCAGCUGGACACUGCCUCGUUGACCUGCCAGGCCUGGAAGGCUGCUACCCAAAGUGCCCACCCAGCCAGCCCUUCUUCAAUGAGGACCAGAUGAAGUGUGUGGCCCAGUGUGGCUGCUACGAUGACGAUGGACACUACCAUGACAUUGGCACACAGGUUCCUACAGAUGAGAAUUGCCAGAGUUGUCUCUGCACCCCUGGUGGCCUCCAGUGUGUUUACAACCUUACAGCCUGCACAUGCACCUAUGAGGGCCGUAUCUACAACUACAAUGAUGUUGUCUACAACACCACUGAUGGCCUCGGUGCCUGCUUAGUAGCCGUCUGCAAAGACAAUGGGACUAUAAUACGCACAACUGAAGUGUGCCAUGAAGCCCUGUCUACCACACCAUUCACAUUCACCACCACCCUGGCACCCCUUGUCACAAACGGCUCAGUUCCCAUGGUGUCUACUGUGUGUGUCCAUAAGGUCUGCCACUGGUCCAUUUGGUAUGAUGAGAGCCAUCCAGAGGCUGGCAUGUCAGGCGGGGACUUAGAAACAUUUGAGAACCUGAGGGAGAAAGGACACCAGGUGUGUCAAACCCCUGUUGCCAUCGAAUGCCGUGCAGUGAAGUUCCCCAGCAUGGACUUAGAGGAGCUGGGUCAGAAGGUGAACUGUGACCUAUCCUCUGGGCUGAGAUGCUUCAACAGGGAGCAGGUCCCCCCACUGUGCCACAACUAUGAACUGAGGGUUCUGUGUUGUGAUUAUGUGCCCUGUGGCUCCUCUCUGACCUUGGGUGUAAGUACCACUCACUCCCAGCCUGACAUCAGUAGAAGACCCUCUUUGCCUACACUUACCACUCAUACAGCAUCCUCAGAAUCACAGUCCUGGACCAGCGAAGAGAAAGAGACAUCACCAGAUAAAAUUCACAGUUCAAGGCAAACGGUACCAUUAGCCUCAAACAGCAAACCUACUUCACUUCCUACGUUGUCUAGAAACUCAGUCAGCAGCCCCCCUCUGUCCAACCCUACUUGGACUACAACAGUGAAAGAGACCAAUGAGAACACAAUGCUUAGCUCCCGGACAACAGCAGUAUUCACUUCACAAACCAGGCCCACUUCAAGGCCCAGCACAAUCACACAGACAGUCAGCAGCCCUGAGACCUCCUCCACUACCUGCCAACCCCAAUGUCAGUGGACAAAGUGGAUUGAUGUAGACUACCCUACGUCUAACAUUGAUGGAGGAGACAUAGAGACAUAUGAGAACAUCAGGGCCAAUGGAGAAAAAGUCUGUGAGCAGCCUCAGGAUAUCAGGUGCAUGGCCCAGAACUACCCUGAAACGAGCGUGGACAAGUUGCAACAGAAUGUGAAGUGUGAUGUCAACUUUGGUCUGGUGUGCUACAACCGGGACCAGAGAGGUGAUUUCCCGAUGUGCUACAACUACCUGAUCAAGGUGCUCUGUUGUAGUGUUAGCCACUGUCAGGGACCUACAACCACUGCAGGGUCGACCCCAACGACGGGAACUACCACCUCCACUACCCAGACCCUGUCCUCCAAGCCUUUUCUCGACACUAGUUCAGUUGAGACCUGGUCUCCCUUAGACUCUACCACCAGUAUGGAUGCUUCAGAGAUGCCCACCCCUGGGACCCUGACUAAAAGUGUGUCACUCCCACCCACCACUCCUCUUACAGUCACCUCAGUGAGCACUAAGCAUUCCAAGAGUAUAGAAUCCUCUGGCAUUCCAUCAGUGGUGACUACCAGGUCCACCUCUCAAGGGCAUUCCCUGCCUCCCAGCAGUCCCCACAGUACAGUUUCAGCAACAACCUCAAGGACUUCCCUGUCCAUCACAGCAACUAUCUCUACCUCCCUGACCACUCCCGGACCCUCCAAUACUCCUCAUGAAAGCACUACCACAAACCUAGCCACAGCUGCCUCCAUGACCAGAGCAGAGACCCUAUCCUCAAGGCCACAUACCAAGACCACCUCAGAGUUAUCUGGAGUUUCCUCAGCCAGCUCCACAGCAGGACCCAGCACACAGCCUGGGUCCACUUCAAGGCCCAGCACAGUCACACAGACAGUCAGCAGCACUGAGACCUCCUCCACUACCUGCCAACCCCAAUGUCAGUGGACAAAGUGGAUUGAUGUAGACUACCCUACGUCUAGCAUUGAUGGAGGAGACAUAGAGACAUAUGAGAACAUCAGGGCCAAUGGAGAAAAAGUCUGUGAGCAGCCUCAGGAUAUCAGGUGCAUGGCCCAGAACUACCCUGAAACGAGCGUGGACAAGUUGCAACAGAAUGUGAAGUGUGAUGUCAACUUUGGUCUGGUGUGCUACAACCGGGACCAGAGAGGUGAUUUCCCGAUGUGCUACAACUACCUGAUCAAGGUGCUCUGUUGUAGUGUUAGCCACUGUCAGGGACCUACAACCACUGCGGGGUCAACCCCAACGACGGGAACUACCACCACUGCAGGGUCAGCCGCAACAACAGGAACUACCACCACUGCAGGGUCGGCCCCAACAAUGGGAACUGCCACCACUGCCACUUCUGGGACAGCCACACACACUUCCUGGCCUAUGUCCAGCAUGCCUACCAGCCCCAGUACCACAGAGUCAUUUUCUUCCCCUGGAAAAACCACAGUCCUUACCACAGCUUCUUCUACAGCCACAGCCACACCCAGGGAGACUCAAACCUCAUCUUUGCUAACCAAUGGUCUCUCCUCAGCCCUUACAACCACAGGGACCACUUCCACAGGCUGUAAAUCUCAGUGCACCUGGACAGAUUGGCUAGACAGCGACAAACCCCAACCUGGCCAGUUUGGAGGAGACAUUGAGACUUACUAUCACAUUCAAAACAAGACAGGUAUCAAGAUAUGCAAGAAACCUGUGGACAUUGAGUGUGAGGCCAUCCUCUUCCCCAACAUGUCCUUCCAGCAGCUGGGCCAGGAGGUGGUUUGCAAUGUGGACUUUGGACUCAUCUGUAGGAACAGCAAGCAGGAUGACAACCAAAUGUGUUUCAACUACCAUAUCCGUGUCCUCUGCUGUGAGGAAGAUGCCAGCUGUAUCAGCACAACUGGAUCACUGUCUACCACCUCCAUGUCAGCAUCUGGAUUUCCCAGCACCAUCUCUACGUCCACGAGCAAGUGGCAAGAGAAGCCCAAACCCUCAACUUCAUUCACAACUCAAAGUAGACCCUCUACCCCUAGGACAGAGAAGAUUGUCUCCAUCACCACAACUAAGACGACUGGAAGUUCCUCUGUCUCUAGUCUCUCUACCCUUCCAGCCUCUCCCACCAGCCUUCUCCAAACCUCAAAAGAGCCCCACUCAGGUAAACCAAGCACAAGUUCGUGGACAGCCUCCACCAAUGUUCUGAGUACUUCCAAGCUGACCACUACCACUGGCAAACAGUUCCCUAGAACAAACACCACACUGUGGAAUAGCCUCCCUUCUAGUACCUCAACCACGGUCACCAGAUCCACCCAUCCCAUUUCUACCACAAUGACAACAAACAACCCUCAAACACUGAUCACCAAUGACAUUUCCAAAAGCAGCUCUGUGUUGCCUAGUAGGCCUCAUAUCACCACAGCAUCCUCAGCCACAGCAACAAGUGUAGGUCCUAUCAGCAAGUCACACUUCUCUACCUCCCUGACCACUCCCGGACCCUCCAAUACUCCUCAUGAAAGCACUACCACAAACCUAGCCACAGCUGCCUCCAUGACCAGAGCAGAGACCCUAUCCUCAAGGCCACAUACCAAGACCACCUCAGAGUUAUCUGGAGUUUCCUCAGCCAGCUCCACAGCAGGACCCAGCACACAGCCUGGGUCCACUUCAAGGCCCAGCACAGUCACACAGACAGUCAGCAGCACUGAGACCUCCUCCACUACCUGCCAACCCCAAUGUCAGUGGACAAAGUGGAUUGAUGUAGACUACCCUACGUCUAACAUUGAUGGAGGAGACAUAGAGACAUAUGAGAACAUCAGGGCCAAUGGAGAAAAAGUCUGUGAGCAGCCUCAGGAUAUCAGGUGCAUGGCCCAGAACUACCCUGAAACGAGCGUGGACAAGUUGCAACAGAAUGUGAAGUGUGAUGUCAACUUUGGUCUGGUGUGCUACAACCGGGACCAGAGAGGUGAUUUCCCGAUGUGCUACAACUACCUGAUCAAGGUGCUCUGUUGUAGUGUUAGCCACUGUCAGGGACCUACAACCACUACGGGGAUCGACCCCAACGACAGGAACUACCACCACUGCAGGGUCGACCCCAACGACAGGAACUACCACCACUGCAGGAUCGACCCCAACGACAGGAACUACCACCACUGCAGGGUCGACCCCAAUGACGGGAACUACCACCACUGCAGGGUCGACCCCAAUGACGGGAACUACCACCACUGCAGGAUCGACCCCAACGACGGGAACUACCACCACUGCAGGGUCGACCCCAACGACGGGAACUACCACCACUGCAGGAUCGACCCCAACGACGGGAACUACCACCACUGCAGGAUCGACCCCAACAACGGGAACUACCACCACUGCAGGGUCGACCCCAAUGACGGGAACUACCACCACUGCAGGAUCGACCCCAAUGAUAGGAACUACUACCACUGCAGGAUCGACCCCAACAACAGGAACUACCACCACUGCAGGGUCGACCCCAACAACAGGAACUACCACCACUGCAGGGUCGACCCCAACAACAGGAACUACCACCACUGCAGGGUCGACCCCAACGACAGGAACUACCACCACUGCAGGGUCGGCCCCAACGACAGGAACUACCACCACUGCAGGGUCGGCCCCAACGACAGGAACUACCACCACUGCAGGGUCGGCCCCAACGACAGGAACUACCACCACUGCAGGGUCGGCCCCAACGACAGGAACUACCACCACUGGUCGGCCCCAACGACAGGAACUACCACCACUGCAGGGUCGACCCCAAUGACUGGAUCAGCAACUACUGCCUCUCAGACCCUGAGUUCUAAGCCUCUUUCCAGCCCUAUUCUGACUGUGACCGGUACUCACUCAGCCUCUACCACAGUAGCAACAAGCAUAUCAAAAGGCUCUAGUCACACAGCCACUCUUGUCACAUCCUAUGGCACAAGUUCCCCACAUGUUUCAAGUGUCACAGAAACUAGCAGCCCAGGAAGAGUCUCCUCAAUCCACACAACACCCAAGACCUUGCCUGAGACAUUACAGUCGACGUCUGGCUUGACUACACAACAAACCUCGUCAACUGGAAUCUGGACAAGUAUACUUACGGGUACAGCUGGCACUGUCUCCUCAAAAUCUCUGUCUACCAGCCUAGAGUUGACCACAGGCAUAAAAGGGCUGUCCACUAGUAUACCAAUGACACACACCCUACCAGUAACUGAAACUAAUGCCACCACCCCCCAGGGCACAACACGCUGCCAGCCCAAGUGUAAGUGGACUGAAUGGUUUGAUGUGGACUCACCGACCUCAGGGGUAGUACAAGGGGACAUGGAGACCUAUGAAAACAUCAGGGCCUCUGGUAAGAAGAUAUGCCAGGCACCAGAGAAAAUUGAGUGUCGGGCAGAGAACUACCCUGCAGUGAGCAUUGAUCAGAUUGGCCAAGUAGUAAGCUGCAAGCUGGAGACGGGGCUCGUCUGCGAAAAUAAUAAGCAGACAGAUGAUUUCAAAAUGUGCUUCAACUACAAUAUCCGUGUGCUUUGCUGCGAUGACUAUAGCCACUGUCCUAACACCCCUUACAGCACCAUCAAGCCAGCCUCGCUCUGGUCUACCCAUACUCCCCUGGUCCCUUUCACAACGUCAGUGUCCUCGAGCACUGAGUCCACCUUUCAGACUAGCCAUCCCUCUAGCUCUUCAGUACCAAGCACCCAAGCAUCCACAUGGACUACAUUUCCUGACACGGGCUGUGCACCUCGCUGCAAAUGGACAGAGUGGUUUGAUGCAGACUUCCCUAACCCUGGCCCCAGAGGUGGGGACUUUGAGGUCUAUGCAGUGUUUCGUGAGGUUGGCUUCAUUUUCUGUGAUCAGCCCAAGGACAUCCAGUGCCGGUCAGAGAAGGAGCCAGACAAGCCCCUGGAAUCUCUAGAGCAGGUGGUCCAGUGUGAUGUGCGAUUCGGCCUGAUAUGCAAAAAUAUCAAUCAAUCGGGACCUUUGCAGUAUUGCGACAACUACCAUGUGCGCCUCCUCUGCUGUGACGACUAUAGCCACUGUACCACAUCACCUAUGGCCACCACGCCCACUGUUCCUUCCUCUCACCCGUCGUCUACUCACACUGCCCCAGUUUUGAAUACCACGACUUCUUUCCCCGGGGUCACUAGUUCCAGUGUGCCCCACUCCUCUUCCCUGGUAUCUACUCACACCUCUGCAAUGUUGAGCACCCAGACUUCGCCUAUAGCCACUGGCUCCACUGUGGCUCCCUCCUCAACCUCGGGGACCCCUCAUACACCUGGAGUUUCCCCCAGCAGCCAGGUGACCUUCAGCGUGUCUACUGCUUCUUCCUCCGUCUUCAGUACCCCCAGGCCUACUGUCUUUUCCAGCCAUGCAUCGUCCCCAUCACCCUGUUUCUGUCAGGCCUUUGGACAGCUGUUCUUACCUGGGGAUCUCAUCUACAAUAAGACUGAUGGAGCUGGCUGCCAGUUCUAUGCCAUCUGCAACGAGCAUUGUGAUGUUGACCGCUUCCAGGGGACCUGCCCCUCCUCUUCACCUCCAGUGCCCUCUACCCCGGUACCUUCACCUCCCCUGCCUCCUGGCUGUGAUAAUGCCAUCCCUCCCCGGCAGGUGAAUGAGUCUUGGACCCUGGAGAACUGCACAGUGGCCAUGUGCCAAGGCAACAACCAAGUCAUUCUCCUAGAGCCAGAGCCUGUGGACAAUGUCACCUGUGUCAACAAGCACUUGCCCAUCAAAGUGUGGGACCAGGAGCCUUGCCACUUCCACUACGAGUGUGAAUGCUUCUGCAGUGGAUGGGGGUACUCACACUACCUGACAUUCGAUGGCACCUCCUAUACUUUCCUGGACAACUGUACCUCGGUGCUUAUGAGAGAGAUCCAUCCUCGCCAUGGCAACCUGAGCAUCCUUGCCCAUAGCUACUACUGUGGGGCUACUACAAAUGCCACCUUCUGUCCCCGCGCCCUCAGUAUAUACUACAACUCCAUGGAGAUUGUCCUCACUAUCGCCACUACUAAGAGUGGGAAGGAAGAGAGCCUGAUUAUAUGGGACCAUAUGUGGAUACAGUCAGGCUACAGUAAGAAUGGUGUGACUGUGUCCUUGAGUGGGGCCACCACAAUGACUGUCAACAUUUCUGCCAUUGGAACCAGCAUCACCUUUGAUGGGAACAUUUUCCAGAUAUGGUUGCCCUACAGAUAUUUCGGCAACAAUACUGAGGGCCAGUGUGGUACCUGCACAAACAGCCAGACAGACGACUGCCGCCGGCCUGAUGGCACAAUAGCUUCCAACUGCCAGGACAUGGCCAAACACUGGAUGGUGCCUGGGAACAGUAGCAGUGGCUGCUUAGCUCAGCCUAGCCCUCCCCCCAGCACCACUCCCCAGCCCACAGUGUCCAGCACACCGACCUCCACCCCAUGCCCCACUGCACCUCUCUGUGAGCUGAUGCUGAGCCAGGUCUUUGCUGAGUGUCACAGGCUCAUCCCUCCAGAUACUUUCUUCAGAACCUGUGUCAGUGACCACUGCAAUGGCAAUAUUACUGACACACUCUGUCAGAGCCUGGAGGCCUAUGCAGCACUCUGCCGGACCCAGGGUGUAUGCACCAACUGGCGCAAUGCCACUGGAGGGUUGUGUGACCUCUCCUGUCCACCCACUAAGGAGUACAGGCCUUGUGGACCCCUGAAUCCAGCAUCCUGCAGCUCCAGGAUGCAGGACCGUUCAGCUGGGAUGCUGACAGAGGGCUGCUUCUGCCCUGAGAAUCAGCUCCUCUUCAACUCACGCCUGGACAUCUGUGUGUCAGAGUGUCCCUGCGUGGGACCAGAUGGGCUACCCAAGUUUCCUGGAGAACACUGGAUCAGCAACUGUCAGGCCUGUGUGUGUGACCCCGGCUCUGUGUCAGUACAGUGUGAGCCAGUGAAGUGUGAGAGCCAGGAUAAACCCCCACAGUGCACAGAAGCUGGCUUUGUGACUGUGACCCAGCCCAGCGCUGACAAUCCAUGCUGCCCUGAGACACUGUGUGUUUGCAAUUCAAGCACCUGCCCCAAGAGUCUGCCCGAAUGUGAGCCAGGGUAUGAGCUGGUCCAGACCCAUGAGAAUGGCAGCUGCUGCCCCAGCUCCAGCUGUCGACCUAAACUGUGUACAUACAAUGACACCGUUUAUGGGGUUGGUACAACCUUCCCAGGGGGUCCCUGCCAGACAUGCACCUGCCUCUCUGUGGGCAACCAAGAGCCAAAAGUAGAGUGUAAGGAGAUGCUCUGUACCACCUCUUGUCCCCAGGGCUUCAAGUACACACUGGUGCCACAGCAGUGCUGCGGGGAGUGUGUGCAGAAUGCCUGCCUCACACCAGAGGGUCACGUGGUACAGCCCAAUGAAACCUGGGUGAACAGUCCUGUGGACAACUGCACUGCAUACAUCUGUAGGGCUGAGAAUGGAGUCCAUGUUCUGACCCCGAUCCCCACGCCUUGCCCUGAUGUAUCCAACUGUACGGGAACCCUAAGGAAAGCGGGUUGCUGUUACUCCUGUGAAAAAGAGGACUCACAUACCUGUCAAGUGCACGUAAACUCAACCAUAUUGCGGCAUAAGGGCUGUGAGACGGAGGUCAACAUCACCUUCUGUGAGGGUUCCUGCUCUGGAAAGUCCAAGUACUCCAUGGAGACCCAGGCCAUGGAGCAUCAGUGCACCUGCUGUCAGGAGAGCAAGGUCCAUGAUGUAGCUGUGACUAUGCAGUGUCCCGAUGGUACAGUCAUCCAGCACACCUACACCCACAUCGAUGAGUGCAACUGUGCCCCGGCCUGCAGCUCCCUGCCUAUGACUUCCAUGAACGCUUCCUAG